AUGGUGCACACUGGGGAACGGCCCCACAAGUGUGGGGAAUGUGGGAAGGGCUUCAGAGACACCUCGGACCUGAUCCGCCACCAGAGGAUUCACACUGGGGAACACCCCUACGAGUGUGGGGAAUGUGGGCAGAGAUUCAGCAUCAGCUCCUACCUGAUCGUCCACCAGAGGACCCACACUGGGCAACGGCCCUAUGAGUGUGGGCAAUGUGGAAAGACCUUCAACACCAGCUCCAGUUUGAUCCUCCACCAGAGGACCCACACUGAUGAAUGGCCCUAUACAUGUGGAGAAUGUGGGAAAGGCUUCAGGAAGAGCGGCCACCUGAAUCGCCACCAGAUGACCCACACUGGGAUACGACCCUACGUGUGUGGGGAAUGUGGGAAGGGCUUCUGUGACAGCUCUGGCCUGAUCAUCCAUCAGACCAUGCACACUGGGGAAUGCCCCUACAUGUGCUCUGAAUGUGGGAAGAGCUUCAGCCGGAGCUCCAAACUGAUUGUCCACCAGGGGAACCACACUGGGGAGAAGCCCUAA